CCCCCCCCAAAAAACAUAAACCCUCCCACUUCCUUUCUCAACAAAUCACAGCACAGCUGAGACAACUGCAGCGAGUUGGGCGAGCACGGCCUUUGAACAGGAGCAAAGGUGUGCCCGAGUUUCACUGCAGUCAUGACUGAGGCCUUUCACAAAGCGGUAGAGGAGGUGAAGGUUCUGAAGCAGAAACCGAACCAGCAAGAAAUGGGAGAUCUGUACGGCUUAUAUAAGCAAGCUACAGUCGGUGAUAUUAACACAGAGCGUCCAGGGUUCCUUGACUUUACAGGAAAAGCAAAGUGGGAUGCAUGGAAUGCAAGAAAAGGUCUGUCCAAAGAGGAAGCAAUGGUCAAAUAUGUCACUUUGGUGGAGGAACUCAAGGAGAAAUAUGGAAUCUAGAGUGUGUGUUUCAUGACUGUGUGCAUUCAGAUGGUUGACAGGGAUAAGCCAUCCUUAUUGGAACCGUAUUUGUUCUUGUUGGCAACAAAAUGGGACUGGAAGCGUUCUGGUUUCUGUUUUAUGAGUUCUACUGAACCACUGAGCAGGCUUUGGUUAAAUGCACGUAAACCGUCCUUUUUGGAGACCCCACCUGGUACCACUUCAUACUAAACUAAACCAGCUUGUUCUAGCUUCAUACUGAGGAUAGACAUGAAUGCAGUACUGGGCUUCUUGCCUCCUAUCAAGACAGCAAAUAAGUGUUUUGUAAAAUGUCUGAAAAAUAAAGACUUUUGAAUAAUA